GGGGAAGUAACUGACUGGCAACAUACAUAACAGUCGCCCACACAUAAAAUAACAUUACUUACUUGUUCUUUUUUUAAGUCAAAGAUCGUGAUAAUAUAUAAACUUAAUUUGGUAAUCCCUGAUUACCCUUAAUUUUAUAAUAAUUAAUCUUUAAGUUUACGGUCUGUUUUUAUAAUGUUUAAAUGUUAUAUUGAGUAUUUUCACAUUGGCCUAUAGUUCGACAGAAAAGCGUUGGCGUUAGUAGUAGUCUUAGUAGUAGUAGUAGUAUUAGUAUUAAGUAUUAAUUAGUAGUAACAGUUAGUACUGAUUACUGCGUUAGUCAGUAUUAGUAAUUAGUCUUGAGUCUUAGUAAUUAGUAAAUCUAUAAUCUAUAUAUAUUAAUUAUUAUAAUAAUAUUAUAUUAUAAUAUUAAUUUAUAUAAUAAUGCCAAUGAAUGAUUAGGUUGCCUGCUCAAAUGUGCCAUUAUCCAUGAAAUCCAUGACCAUAAUUUAUAAAAUCUAGUAUAGCAUUAGUAUUAUUAGUAUUAGUCACUGAGAAGUGAGUGUAACUAGUUACUAUUACUAGUAUUACUAUUGUAAGUGUACCUAUUUUAACUAUGACGACUAUUAUAUUAAUUAAUAAAUCAUAUUAAUCAUAUUAAGUUAAUUACUACAUUGUGAUCAUUGUGCUUAAAAUCUAUCACCACUUUUUCUUUGAGUUUGAAAUUCUUGAUCUUAAGUCUUUCAGUUCUUUUCAGUAUAGUAUAAGUAUGUAUAAUUUUGUCAGAGGCGCAGAUUUCACUUGUGGUAAUGAAACAAAUAUUCAAGACGAGAUAGAUAGGCAGAUAGGCCAAGCAAGUUGUAGCCUGAAUAAACAAUACAAUAAAAUGUACAAUUUGACUGAAAACCGUCCUUCACGAUCACAAUGUACUAAAAUUAAUUAUUAUCCUUUAACUUUAAAACUAAAUUAAAUAAAUAUGAAUAAAAUACGUAACCUAAGUCUUCCUAAGUAGUUAAAGUAAUUUUACAUCCAGAUUCUUGUAUUGCAGGCCUAAUCUUUUGCCUAUAUAAAACUUUACCAAAUAUUAUAAUUAAACUUAUUUAAUUGCUAAUAAAUAACCAUGAUAGGGCCUAAUUUUAUUAUUUUAAUUAGUUUAGUACUACUAAUAAGAGUAAUCUGUCAUGAGAGUAUGGUGGGUCAGUAUGGCUAUUCUACUUUAUGUCAACCUUUUUAUCUGAAAUUUUUGUUAGCUUACUUUCGGCACAACAAUUAUUAAUGGUUUGUAAACCUUUUUUCCUCAUUAGAUUUCAAUGGCGAUUCAUUUGAACGAACCUAACUUUAAUCCCAUUGAGCAAUGCUACAUUCCAGACAGAGCAACAGUAAUCUUUGAUUGGGACAAUACAUUAAAAGUAAGUAGGUCCUAAAAUAGCAGCAGUAGAUUUUACAAAUUGGGAUAUGGCUUUUUCUUAUAACCUGACCUAAAUGUGAUUUUAAAAGGGUAAGCAGUCAUGGGUUUUAAGCACUUUACUGAACAAAUUGGUAAACAUUUUGUGUCUGCUAACAUCUACGUAACAUCUAGUCUAUCAUAUCUAUGUAAUAUAUGUCACAUCUUUGUAAUAAAUCUCACAUCAGUUGCAUAACUAGGGGGUAUGAUGUGCAACAAGUAGAACACAGAGCAUGUUGCAGCAGACUGGGAGUAGGGCCAUGGGAAGUCUGGAGGGAUGGGGAGGGACCAUGAGCACCCCAUUGGGUGACACCAACCCAAGUGUUACCAUUGUUGUUAAAAUGUCAUGCAUUUGAUUUAUGAAAAAUUGGAUGAUUCUCACAAAAAUAGUUCUUUUCAUUUAAUCCAUUUUCUAAGCAAAAAGAAUUUUAAAAAUUGAAAGAUAGUCUAUAAAACAACAUUAGAUAUUUAUUUUCAAAUGAUCUAUUCUUUCUGUCAGGUAAUCAAUGUUAAAAAGAGAUGUAUUGAAAGCAGAGUUAAAGUAGAAUUCCUUGAACAGUUGGUGAGAGACAAGCACUGCACACUGUACAUCAUAAGUGCAAUACAGCCUUCAAGGUUUGCUCAUAUUUAAAAAAAAAAAACAAUGUGUUUUCAUUGUUUUUUUAAAUUCAAAUAUUAAGAUGUAUAUAUUUUUUAAUGAUUUCAAGGAAAUGGAUGUUGUAUUUUUAAAGUUAUGUUAAAUAUCAAUAAUGCAUUUUUAUAAAUUUGAUAUACCUUCAAAAAAUGCCAAACUUGGGUACUUUAUAGUGAAAAGACAGACUUCUCUAACACUUAUGAUAACAGCCAUUCCUGGGGAUCACGUAACCUGUAUGUAAAUAGUUCUAUUUCAAAAUCGGCUGGCUAUGUUAUCUUGAAACAAAGACAUAAAAGAUAGGUUUCAUAGAAAAAUAUGUUCUUACAGCCAUUCACUUAAUUCUUUAUUAAACCACUUGAGGUGUCUAGCAAAUAUAUUUGAAUUCAUAGUUGGUCUUUAUUGUAAAGAAAUAUACCGAUAACUAUAUGUAACAAAACUUGGCCUUCUGCCAGAUUAACUCUUUGUAUAUCGUAAUUUAAAAUUUGUUUACAUUAAAACUGGGAACCUAUCAUAAAUUUUCCAGAGAAAGUAAAAAAAAAACAGAACAGAAAUAAUCAAGAAAUCAAAUUUGAAUAAAAUUUUUUUAGUCAGUGUAAUAUUUUUUUUGUGUCUGUGUAUUUCACAUUGAAAAUGUCAACUCUUUUGAAUGUUUAUUUCAGAAUAAACAUGUCGACUAUUUUGUUUGAAGUUGAUAAACUAGGUCUUCGCAAAUAUUUUUGUUCACAUUGCCAGAAUGAACUCAACAACUGCGAAAACCAAACCUGUUCCAGCUGCCCUGCUGUUCAUGAUGAAUCGUUUCAAAUCUCAUCGACAGAAUUUAUGAUAAACGGGGGAAAAAGUUCUGUGCUGUUGAGAAACAAAACUCCCAGCUGUUGCGCUGAGUCAAAGCAGGGUGAACUGAAGAAGUGCAUCGCAUGGGAAUGUUCCCACAAACUGGACACACAGCUGGUGAACAGUGAAUACAGAUAUGCCCGUUGGGGGAAUAUUGUGAUCAGUGGCUAUGAUAAAGCAGAAGUGUUUUUGGAGCUGACCAUGCAGGACAACAAAAGACUUAAAAACUUCUAUUCCCCAACUCCAAUCACUGAGGAGUUGCCAGCUGUCAUUGAUUUGAGUGCAGCAAGAUGUGUCACAUCACGAAAGAAUGAGGUAUUUCAUUUUGAAUGCGAUUGUUCGGCUGGGGAGGACUCCACAGAGGAAGCCGAUUGCUGUGAUGAUGCCGAUAAUGCGACUGUGACUUUGAGGAAACUCGAGAGAGCUGUGAUAUUUUUUGAUGAUGAGAAAGUGAAUAUUGAUAAUUUUAAAGCUAUAGUUAAAUAUAGCCAUUGCUAUUUAGUCGUCUAGUUUUUUUUUGGUAACCUUAAGAAAUUAAUUUUGAGAAAAGCUAUAUAAUUAUUUUUAAUCUUCUGGCCAUUAUUUCUUAUUCAUAAGCUGGACUGCACAGGUUAAUGGUUAUAAAUUUGCUUAUUUUCAUGUCACGGCUUGAUAUACUUAAGGAAUAAAUUGCCUUUUUAAUGAGUGUCCUUCGGUGCAAGUCUAUGCAUGAGUCACAACUGGCACAGUAAAAAUAAUAUCUUAGCUACUUAAAUUUCACUUGAAAUUGAAAGGAUUUGGAUUCUAUAAGAUAUCAGGUGUAUUAUGUCCCUUGGUUUAUGAAUAAUACAUUCAGUUAUUGAAUUUUUAUUUAUAUUUAUUAGGUAUUAAUUAUUUAUUAGGUCAGGGG